CACCUACGUCGACGCAAGAUGACGGGACUCACGUUGAGCGUUCAGGUCUGGUCUGAGCCCAGCCGGAACCUCGGCGUUCAGCGAUGACAUGCUUGCCACGCUGUGGUCGCCCCUAGGCAUGCGCGACAGGCAUUCGGAUCAACUAAGAACACAAACUGAAACCCUCGGAUUUCUAACUGCUUUGCUCUGUCGCCAAGGGUCGGGCUGCUCGCGGACUGGCUUUCACCCCUUUCUACCCAUUCGGAAAGCUUAAGCUUGCUGUUGGCAGGUCCCUGGGCAAACUGUAUGUGAGAUGGGACGGACGUCAAAGGACAAGCGGGAUGUCUACUACCGCCUGGCCAAGGAGAAUGGCUGGCGUGCCCGUAGUGCCUUCAAGCUGCUCCAGCUCGACGAGGAAUUCCAACUCUUCAAAGGAGUAACACGGGCAGUUGACCUGUGUGCAGCCCCCGGAAGCUGGAGCCAGGUGCUGAGCCAGAAAAUUGGGGGCCAGGGGUCUGGCCACGUGGUGGCUGUGGACCUUCAGGCUAUGGCUCCGCUACCAGGUGUGUUACAGAUCCAGGGGGACAUCACUCAGCUCUCCACGGCCAAGGAGAUCAUUCAGCACUUUGAGGGCUGCCCCGCGGACCUAGUGGUGUGUGACGGGGCUCCUGAUGUAACGGGACUCCAUGAUGUUGAUGAGUAUAUGCAGGCCCAGCUCCUCCUAGCCGCUCUGAACAUUGCUACACACGUCUUGAAGGCAGGGGGCUGCUUUGUGGCCAAGAUCUUCCGAGGCCGGGAUGUGACACUGAUCUACAGCCAGCUCCGUGUCUUCUUCUCCAGCGUGCUCUGUGCCAAGCCCAGAAGCAGCCGGAACUCUAGCAUAGAGGCCUUCGCUGUGUGUCAAGGUUAUGACCCUCCUGCAGGCUUCCUGCCGGACCUGACUAAACCCCUCCUGGACCACUCUUACGAUCCAGAUUUCAACCAAUUGGACGGUCCUACUCGCAUCAUUGUGCCAUUUGUCACCUGUGGGGACCUGAGCUCCUAUGAUUCAGACCGCAGUUACCCACUGGACCUAGAGGACGGCUCAGAGUACAAGUACACUCCACCCACACAACCCCCCAUCUCCCCACCGUACCAGGAGGCCUGCACGUUGAAGAAGAAGGGGCGACUGGCCAAGGAGAUCCGCCCUCAGGACUGCCCCAUCAGCACAGUGGACACACUGACCCAGUCUCUCACCUCCCCACCACGACACACCCUGCUGACCUCUGAGUAGGUGGAAGACCAUGAAAUGAAUUGUUCACCUUAACAUAUUAAGCUAACUGACAAACUGAUACAACUCAGAAGCUAUUUACUUUCAGGAAAACCAGAACUUGCGUUGAUGAAGUUGUUUCCAAAUAUCUCAUCAAUGGGUCCUGAACAUACAAGCCUUGUGCAGAAACCUGCAACCACACAGAAAUAGCAGGGAAAGAAACUUCAUGGAAUGAAUGUCUGCACUGCAGAGAGAAUUCUAGAGUGAUGCCUUCCUUCCCUCUUCUGCAAACCUUUCCAGGGGUGUCCUGAUUUUGUACAGAAUUUACCCCAAAAGCAGGGGUUUUUAACCUGGAUAGAAGUCAGGGUAUCCAUGAACUUAUGGAGGAAAAUAUUACAUCUUUAUUUUCACUAAUAUAACUGAAGUUUAGCUUGACAUCCAAAUAUGAAUGCCGGCAGCAGUCACAGUAGUAAAAGCAAUGCCUGUGACCUUCCACCCAUACAAGUCACAGUUACUUUUUAUGUUAGAUUACAGUUGUUGCAGGCAACUUGAGAUAUUGUUCACUUUCAUCAGUACUUUGAGUCAUAGAAGAUCUUAUAAUUUGAUCAACUAAUUAAAAAGUAUAUUAUUGC